AUGCCGCGCAGGACAGAAGAGGAGGUCAGUGCUGCUGGUGCUGAAGCCUACAGAGGUGCACUUGUCGGCGCUGCUAAGUGGGGUCUCAUUGCUGGUGGUCUCGGUGCUGUAGGCUAUUUUGUUUCUCCUAUCUAUCGAGGCUUGACUCUACAAUUCAAAGUGUACAUCCAGCUAUCCGGCAUGACGUUCGGGGGUUGGAUUGAGGCAGAUCGACGGCUGCGUGCGUACGAGUUCCGAACUAGACGUGAAAAGAAGAGGCAGAACGAUGAAGCAGUAUGGAAACGAUGGGAGGGCAUGAUUGAACAGCAGGAGCGGAGAGAGCAAGAACAGAAACAAGAGAAAAGCUGA